AUGUUGGUUGGAGCAGCCGGUCACUGGUGGGAAUCAAUCUCACGUACUAGGACCGAAGAACAACAGCGUAACUUAACUUGGGAACAAUUUAAGGAUAAAGUGAUGGCAAAGUACUUUCCACAGGCUCUGAGAGUUUUCAAGGAAUCGGAGUUUCGACAGCUCAGACAGGGAAACUUAUCACUUACUGAUUACGAGAGGCAGUUCGAACAAUUCUCAAGGUAUGCCCCAUACUUGGUGGAUACGGAAGUUAAGAAAAUCAGGAGGUUCGAGAAUGGACUACGACCAGAGAUCGGCAUGAUCAUUAUGUCUCACCGUUUCGCUUCAUAUCGUGAAAUGUUGGAAAGGGCUCAUGCUAUUUCAUAUCAAAGGACUACAUUUGAACAGUAUUCCCAGCAAAGCAAGGAGUCCUUGGGAAAAAGAAGGUGGAAUGAUCAUAGCAAGGAUAGAUGUAGAUGGCCGAAUAAAAGACCGAGCACAGGAAUUCGUAUUGGUGGGACAAAUGGGAUUAUUCCACCUUGUCCUAAGUCUAACACUAUUAUUACAGAAACAGGUAUCCUAUCAUUAUCUGAUGUACCUGCUUACGUACUUUUUGACUCUGGGGCUACAAAUUCAUUUAUCUCUGCAUCCUUCGUCGUUAGGUCUAACUUUGCACAUGUGAAAACGAAUAAUGAAUUAGAGGUUAGCAUCCCUUCAGUAAGAACUCUUUGCACUAAUCAGAUGACUAAGGCUAUGAAAUUAGAGAUUGAUGGGAAAAUACUACAGUUGGGACUCAACCAUGCAACCAUUCGAUGUCAUGAAAGAGAAGUAUUAUUUCAUAGGUCGGGAGAGGAAGAGUUCCAUUUCUUUGAAGCAAAGUUCAAAUCUUUACCUCGUCUUGUAUCGGAUAUACAAGCGAAGAGGAUGUUGAGAAAGGAGUCAUGUCAGGGAUUCUUAGUUAAUAUCAACGGUUCCAAACAUGUCGAGACAACUGUUAAAGAUAUUAACAUUGUGCGAGAUUUUGUAGACGCAUUUUCAAAAGACCUACCCGGCAUUCCACAAGAUAGGCAGGUGGAAUUUAUUAUUGACUUAGUUCCCGGCGUGGCACCAGUAUCUAAAGCCCUGUACUGA